AACUGCUCACUAAGUAUGAAUCAGUCAAUGAUCACUACGUCUGACAGUGCAAAUGUAAGACGGAAUGAAAGUCGGAAGAAGUUUUUUAUAUUUCUUUGCGUCAUUACAAUUGUACUGCUCCUGACAAAGAGAAACUUAACAAGCAGCUUCAUCUUCCACCGAUUCUCAAGCACCGCAAGGGUUCCACAUGAAGAGAUGACUGUAGAUGAUGUGAUGCUCUCCCUCCAGUGGGAUCUCCCUCCGUCGCCUGUCUGGAAGUCUAUUCAGAACACCUCCAGUCCUGCUCAGAGCACGGCCAGUCUGGAGCAUCCCCAAGCCCAGUACUGUAUGGGAGACACCUUAGAUGUGCGUGUGGACAUGCGGGACCACAGUGGGAGGCCCAAGACUCAUGGAGGAGACUUCAUAUUGGCCAGAAUUCACUCCCGCAAUCUACAGGCCUCCGCCGCAGGAGCCGUCACUGACCUCCGCAAUGGCUCCUACCGUGUCCGCUUCACCCUGCUCUGGCCUGGGGAGGUGCAAGUCUCUGUGCUCCUCAUGCACUCCUCUGAGGCGGUGCAGGCGCUGUGGAGGUCCAGGCAGCUCAACUACAAGAAGAUCACACACAAAGGAACCUUUGUCAACGGGAGCAAAACUGAGACGUCUGAGUGCGGCUUCCAGCUGAACGCGAGCAAAUCCCUGUGCGAGUACAAAGACGAGAGGGACGGAGAAUCCUACUCCUGUUAUACACCCCCAACCCUGCCCUGUCACUCGAUCGACACCAUGUCUUCAUUCAACACUCCAGGAUCUGCACUCACCAAGGAGGAAGCUUCGCUAUUUAACCGGAAAAAUAUUGGGGUGAAGAUAAAGAACCACUUUGACAAUGUGGAUGUCAAGAAUUGUUCUGUUUCUCCCAGCAAAGUAGGUAAGUAUUGUAUCCAGAGAAUCAGUCCCAGCAUCCCGAGUGGUUACUACUGGAGAAACCAGUGGUCUUCCUUGUACUGUAAAACUGGCAGCUUCUUCACUCUGGAGUCCAUCAACCGCUGCCUGAAAGGAAAGACACUCUACCUUAUGGGAGACUCUACUAUGCGUCAGUGGAUACAGAAUAUGAACAGCUUUCAAACAGAUAAAAGCAGAGACUAUCGUGGCUUUUCCCUCUUGAAGAUUGUUAACAUUAAGAGCAACUACACCGUCUACUGGAAAAAUCACGGUCAUCCCAGGAUUACAUUUAAUAAAAUUAAACUCAUCGAGGCUCCCUACAUUUCCCGAAAUUUGGACGCUAUCGGAGCAGAGGGAGAGGACACAGUGGUGGUGAUCGGAGUGGGGCAGCACUUCCGCGCCUACCCCCUGGAGCUCUUUGUCCGCAGGUUGCUGAGCCUGCGGAGGGCCUUCCAGAGGCUGCAGGCCCGCAGUCCCAGGACCCGCAUCUUCAUCAAGCUGGAGAACACCAGGGAGCUCUCCUCAGAACCAGAACGCUUCAGCGACUGGCACGGACACCUGCAGAACCUGGCUCAGAGGAAGGUGUUUGGGGACCUGCAGGUGGGGUUUGUGGAUGCCUGGGAGAUGACAGUGGCUGCCAACACCUUUGUCAUCCACCCCAACCCAACCAUCAUUGCCAGUGAGGUGGCGGAGUUUCUGUCCCGUCUCUGUCAUACUCCACUGGAUACCAGUGCCAGACCAGUGUCAUAGAACAACUUCUGCUCACAUUAUGUAACACAAAUUUUGUUCCUGGAUAGUAUUUGUUAUUUCAUAAUUGCUUAUGUUCUAAAUGUGAAGAAAUUGUCAUUAUUUCCUUCACUUUUUUGAUUGGAUAAUGAAAAUUUAGAAAUUAACAUUUUUUCUGUAAAAAUGGGCAGGGCAAGUAUGCAUGUUUUCAUUUCUGUACGAUCUGAAUAAAACAACAUUUGAAUCAA